UAUCUUCCUCUUUCAUAUCAAAACCCCUUCAAAGUUGCAAGAUCUUACUCUCUUCAUUAGAGAGAGAGAGAGAGAGAGAGAGGAUAAUACAAGUUUUCAUCUCGGGGAAAGAUGGAUGAAUUAAGUAUUAUACCGUUAUGGAAAGUGAUCGGGGCUGAGAAAAAAGAGAUUCAAGGGCUACUUAAGGCGGUGGUGCAAUCUGUGGGGUGGACUUAUAGUGUCUUCUGGCAACUUUGUCCUCAACGAAGGAAAUUGUUGUGGAGUAGUGGAAACUAUAACGGUGCAAUAAAGACUAGAAAGACAACUCAGCCGGCGGAAGUUACGGCUGAAGAGGCUGCGUCGGAAAGAAGCCAACAGCUCAUGGAGCUUUACGAGACGCUUUUUGCUGGAGAAUCAUCGAUGGAAGCGAGGGCUUGCACAGCACUGUCGCCGGAGGAUUUGACGGAUCCUGAAUGGUUUUAUGUGCUGUGUUUCACUUACUCUUUCGAACCUCCUUCUGGGAUGCCAGGAAAGGCGUAUGCGAGGAGGAAGCACAUAUGGCUAAGUGGUGCAAAUGAGGUUGACAAUAAAAUCUUCUCUAGGGCUAUUUCUGCAAAGAGUGCCAAAAUUCAGACAGUGGUUUGCAUUCCCGUGCUUGAUGGCGUUUUGGAACUAGGCACAACGAACAAGGUCAAAGAGAGUGAAGAGUUUGUUGACCACAUAAAGAGUUUCUUCCACAACUACCCGAAGUCAAACACUAAGCCUACUCUUUCUGAACACUUCAUCAACGAAGAGCGUGAAGAAGACGAAGACGAAGUAGAAGAAGAAGAAAUGACAAUGUCAGAGGAGAUAAGACUUGGUUCUCCUGAUGACGAUGACGUCUCCAAUCAAAAUCUACUCUCUGAUUUCCAUAUAGAAGCAACCAAUAGUUUAGAUACACACAUGGACAUGAUGAAUCUAAUGGAGGAAGGCGGAAAUUAUUCUCAGACAGUAUCAACACUUCUCAUGUCACAACCCACCAGUCUUCUUUCAGAUUCAGUUUCCACAUCUUCUUACGUUCAAUCAUCGUUUAUAUCGUGGAGAGUUGAGAAUGUCAAAGAGCAUCAGCAAUAUCAGCGAGUGGAAAAAGCGGCGUCUUCGUCGUCGCAAUGGAUGCUCAAACACAUAAUCUUGAAAGUUCCUUUCCUCCACGACAACACUAAAAAUAAGAGGCUGCCGCGAGAAGAGCUUAACCAUGUGGUGGCCGAGCGACGCAGAAGAGAGAAGCUAAAUGAGAGAUUCAUAACGUUGAGAUCAUUGGUUCCAUUUGUGACCAAGAUGGAUAAAGUCUCGAUCCUUGGAGACACCAUUGAGUACGUAAACCAUCUUUCUAAGAGGAUCCAUGAGCUGGAAUCUACUCAUCACGAGCCAAACCAAAAGCGGAUGCGUAUCGGUAAGGGAAGAACUUGGGAAGAGGUGGAGGUUUCCAUUAUAGAGAGCGAUGUUUUGUUAGAGAUGAGAUGCGAGUACCGAGAUGGUUUAUUGCUCAACAUUCUUCAGGUACUUAAGGAGCUAGGUAUAGAGACCACUGCGGUUCACACCGCCUUGAACGACCAUCAUUUUGAGGCAGAGAUAAGGGUGAAAGUGAGAGGGAAGAAACCAACCAUUGCUGAGGUUAAAAUAGCCAUCCAUCAAAUCAUAUAUAAUAAUAAACUCUAGUUCCUAGAUUCUAACCUUAAUGAUGCAACUUUAGAGAAUGACAUGUGAUCGCUUAUUUAAUUUUAG